AUGGACGACCCGCCCUUCCCCCGCGAGAUCGAGCUGCACAUCUUCCGCGAGGCGGCGCUGCAGCGGCCAGGGGGCAUCCCAGUGUUGAUGCGCGUAGCGUGGUGGGUGAAAGAGUGCUGUGGCCGCCAGUGUGGAGCCGCUGCUGUACAACGCCUUGAGUCUUCGGAUCCGGAGGCUGGUCCGACUCUCAAUACACCAUUCCCAGUCUUGUCGCCGUCUGCCUUCAGGGCGCUCAUCGAAGACCCCCGCCGGCAGGCAUUCAUCGCGCAGUCGACCGGUCUGCGCCUCGACGGAGAGCUCUCCUCGUCUGAGACUAACACACGGCAGACGUGCUCGAACUCUGCCCAACCUCCGGCGGCUCACCACGAACCUGCUCUCGCUCUACAUGAUGACCGCAUCUCCCGACCUCUCCGCGCUCGCGCAUCACACACCUCCACCUGUCGUUCUACCACCGCUGGCCGCAAGUCUGGCCGCCGCUUCUGGCGCUUCAGGGACGCCCCACCGCUCGACAUGUUGCUGGACGUGCUGUCGGAUCCACAUCGGCGGUUGAAUGUAUUCGUCCUGUCCUACCAGCGUUGGGAAGGUGCCGCCGACGAACGCCUCAUAGAGCACCCUGCGUGCCUCCUGGUCCACCAGGGGAUCGGCUGGCCGGAGUGGCAGGAUGAGUGGACAGGCGGCGCGACUAGUGCGGGGUUCUGGGAGCGCGUGGAUAAAAUGCUUGCGGAGCGCCGCUCAGCGGGCGCCCCAGGGAAAUAUGACAAUGAUUGUGCCUUCAAUCUCCUCAGUUCUGUGAAGCACACGAAAUCAACCGACAUUAUACGCCUCCGCAACCUCGUGGAACGCCGGCGCGGGACAUUAUACGCCCCCGGAACGCCGGGCGUCGACUGGUGGCCGGGCACGCCGGGGUGGUGCCGCUUGCUCAGCUACACCUCCGCAGAUAAGUCCCGCGCACGCACAGCCGACACAGCGGAGGGACCCACCGCGAAGAAGGCCGUCUGCCAGCGUGACCCUAACCCUCAACGCGAAGGCCUGCACCGUCCUGAUGCCCCGCUCGACUCGCUCGGGUCGUUCCCGCUAGCUCCGCUCCGCGCAGGGUCCUGGGCUCAUUGGACAGAUGUUCUCCUGACCCGCGACGGCCCGGGUGGGGACCGCUUUGGCAAGCCAUACCGUGGCUGGUGGUAUAUACUGUUCGUGCAAGGGCGUUGCUCCGUCAAGCCUAGUUCAGGAGUGAGCGAGGCGGCCGGGACGAGAGAAAUGAUGUGGUGGAAGAGUGGUGCCGCUGGUGCGUUUCCUGCAGCUUCCUGUGCACUCGAUAUCCGACUUCCCGUCUCUGAGUUGGUUUUCCGAUUUGCGAUUGGAGAUUCGGAGCCAGAAGGGGAUCUCUGGUCAUGGAUUCACAUCCUCGAUCUUGCCAUGCUGGUCAAGUUCACUUGGUGCAUUGACAAGCGUCUGCUCAGCCUUGCCAGGUUGUCGCGCAGAAGAUGUCGUGGUUCCCGGGUGCGACAUCUUGUAUUGCGGAUCCAGAAUUCAUUGGUGUUAACCCACUCUGGCAUCGAGCAGCUGCCGCGCACCUUCCCGGGACUCGAACAGCUGUGCGUUCAGGUCAUCGAUGGGCCUUAUAACACAGAGAUGGCCGCGAGCGAGCCAGCUUUGUUGCCUGCAGUUCUCCCAUGCACACCAUUUGUGAACAAACUGAAGAUUUGGAAUGAAGCUGCCGGGAGACUGCUGUUUACGCUCCAGCGCAUCGAGAGGUAUAUUCCGCCCACGAUAACUAACGUAGCAUUGCAGUCGGAUAAUGGCAAUUACUCCCUUUGGUCCGGGAUCCUUGCCUUCUUCCCGAACCUGCGCACCCUCGAUUUCCGUGUCAAAGAGUCCAGCGGUGAUUCUCGGCCAAGCGAGGCCCCUCACUUCCUCGCCAGCCUAUCGACCAUCCUUCCGCCCACUCUCGAAAGUCUCCGUGUCCAUAUUUGCGCGAGUAGGAGCAGGGAUGGGCUGCGACGGUCGAUUUGGCGUGGCUUGAGUAAUCCCUCACUUUUCGCUGGCGAGUCUGACACCCAGGGUGGCGGCCUCUACUGGGCGGAAACAAGCGGCGUGAAAUCAGCCGCGGACGGCCCGGAUGGCAAGCAGCAGGGCACAACCGAAGGCGGGGACAAGGUGCGUGUGCUAUUUCGUCCGCGUAACUGGGUCCUGAUAGUAAGCACGCGUGUUCAAGUUUUUCACGGUCUACUGCCCCCACCGACGGCGCUCCGCCUUCCGCAGACACCACCGGCCCGUUCGCCGACGCUGCAAUCGAUUCCCAUUCCACUCCUCUCCACCUGCCCCCAUGUCCUCUCCAGUCCCCGUCUUCGACGCAAAAGCGAUGCCCUUCCGCCGGUUGGGCCCCAGCGGUCUGCGCGUGCCGCUCUUCUCUCUCGGCGGCUGUCCGUCUUUGCGCAUUCCCCAUUGGCUUUAGCUGAGCUCUCGACAGGGCUCACCCUCGGAGGCUCCGUCGUCGGCGAGAGCGUCAAGGACAUCAUGCAGGCCGCCUUCGAGAAUGGGAUCAACAUGUUCGACACCGCGGAGGACUACCAGAAAGGUGCGGCUGAGCGCGAAAUGGGACACGCUAUCAAAGAACUUGGCUGGCGCCGCACGGACCUCGUCAUCUCAACCAAGAUAUUCUGGAGCCACGAGCCAGGCACGGGCCCGAACGACACGGGGCUGUCGCACAAACACGUUAUCGAGGGCACGAAGGCUUGUUUGCGACGGCUCCAGAUGGACUAUGUCGACGUCAUCUUCGCGCAUCGUUGCGAUACCACCGUUCCGAUGGAGGAGAUCGUCCGCGCAUUUAACUAUGUUAUCGACCAGGGCUGGGCUUUCUACUGGGGCACCUCCGAGUGGAGCGCACCAGAUCGAGGAGGCGCAUCCACAGAUGUUGCCACGCGCUUAAACCUCAUCGCGCCGAUCGCGGAGCAGUGCAAGCACAAGUCUGCGCCAUCUUCUUUCUUCCUUCGAAAUAAUGCUGAGGAGACGAUAGCAUGUUCCACCGCGAACGUCCGGAGAAGGAAUACGGCCCCUUUGUACGCCAGGUACGGCCUGGGCACAACCGCAUUCUCUGCACUGCAGGGCGGACUGCUGACGGGGAAGACGGCACGCGCCGCCACCGUGCCCAUGUUCCGCGGGGCGACGGAGGGUCCCCAGGGCGAAGAGCUGCUUUGGAAAGUGCGUCUCCUCAGCCAAAUUGCUGCGGGUGCGUCGUUUCUCCCCGACUUGCUGAACUCUGGGCGGAACCGCGCUGGCGCCGCGUGGGUUGCGGCGCACCGCCACACUUCCACAGUCAUCCUCGGCGUGUCCUCCGUCGCACAGCUCGAGGCGAACCUCGGCGCGCUUGAGGUCCUGCCCAAGCUGGAUGCUGCGGUGUUGGCGCGGAUCGAGGCUGUGUUGGGUAACCACCCGCAGGAGCCGGAGACGUAUGGUCGCCCGCCGCUGGAUCAGGGCAUCCUUUGA